AUGGAUGAAGUCGUCAAAAAGACGGGCGAUAUCUCCGUCGCAGAUCCCGCCGCAGUCACCUCAUUCGCGCCGUCUGUCCUCGCCCACGUGGAGAGAAUCUACAACUCGGUGAAAGCCUACCAAUCCGAUUUUCUCCUGCAUGUCCAGCAAGAAUCUCCCGAUGCGAUCGAGGCCGUCGAUCCGCUGGCUUCAUUGGAGGCGUUUCAGGCCUAUAUGGCCAGUCCAGCGGCGUCUGCAUUACGCCCAGCCAAAGAUGCAUCCUUCUCUCACCCCAUGACCGACUAUUUCAUUUCGUCAAGUCAUAACACCUACCUGACGGGGAACCAGCUGUCCAGCGACUCCGAUGCACGCGCAUAUGCUGCGGUGCUCCUCAACGGCUGCCGGUGCGUCGAAAUUGAUGUUUGGGACGGAGAGCCCGAUUCCGACAGUGAAUCCGACGACGAGACCAGUAGCAGUAGCAGCAGUAGCGAUGAAGAGGAUGCCAACCACAAACCCGCGAGCCAGCCCAAACCCCCCCGACGCAAAAAGAGCGUAAAGAAGUCCCUCUCCUCCAAACUGGGUGGUCUCCUCGGUCGCAGUUCAUCCGGCGAUGCAGCGCCGGCCAGCCAGCAGCCUGUCGACCUGGCUGCUCCUCCGCCGCGCCCUGAGCCGAGAGUCCUGCAUGGUCACACGCUCACCAAGGGCACGACGUUCCGCGAUGUCUGCUAUGCCAUCCGCGACAACGCAUUCGUCACGAAUGACAUGCCCGUGAUCGUCAGCUUGGAGGUGCAUGCAUGCCUGGAGCAGCAGCAGACCAUGGUGGAGAUCAUGGAGGAGGCGUUCAAGGGCAUGCUGAUCGAGGUGACGCCCGAGAUCGAAGCGACCAAGAUCAUUCCUGCGCCGGAGGACCUCAAGCGCAAGAUCCUCAUCAAGGUGAACAUAACAGAGGCCAAAGUCCCCGGACACGUGUUUUCGCUGUCCGAGAAAGCGGCGCGGGCGGCGCAUGCGAAAGACCCGGAGGCACUUUUCGAGCACAACCGCAACCACUUCAUGCGCAUCUAUCCGUUCGGGCUGCGGGUGACCUCGUCCAAUCUCGACCCGAGCUUUUUCUGGCGGCGCGGUGCGCAGAUCGUCGCGCUCAACUGGCAGAAUGUCGACAAAGGCGUGAUGCUGAAUCGUGCCAUGUUUGCUGACCAGCGAGGCUGGGUGCUCAAGCCACCGGGCUACCGGAGCUCAGACGGCGCUGGCAGUGCGAUCGUCCGCAAACAACUGGAUCUCUCGAUCGAGGUGAUCGCCGGACAGAACAUCCCGCUACCGCCGGGCGACACGAACGAAAAGGGCUUCCAUCCCUACGUGGCGUGCCACCUGCAUGUCGAGACCGAGGGGGACAACGCGGUGGGAGUGCCCCAGGGCGACGACAGCACGGACUCGGAGAAAUCGAGCUACAAACGCACGACCAAGAGCGCCACCGGGUGCAAUCCCGAUUUUGGCAGCCAGCUCAUCCAGUUCCCCACGGUGUCGGGGAUCGUCGAUGAGUUGACCUUCAUCAGAUUCAAAGUCAAGGACGACGAGUUUGGACGCGACUCCAUGGCGGCGUGGGCCUGCAUCAAGCUGAACCAUCUGCAAGAGGGUUAUCGUCUGAUUCACCUCUGCGACUGUGCCGGGUCGGCGUCCGGCGGGAGCUUGCUCGUCCGCAUCACCAAGACGCUUUCGUAA